ACUCGGAGAAAAAGGAAGUUAGCUUUUGCCCUGCGCAAACGGCAAGGAAUUGCUUCCGGUAUUUAGUUGGCGUGUAAAAAUGAGCGAAAAGAAAAAUAAACAGAAAAGUAAUGAUGAAGAUUCGCAUACAGAAGAAGACGUUGCUGCCCAUGUUCAGUCGGCUAAUAAAUGGGAGAAUGCCGACUUGGGAGAAACGGACAGAAAAAGCAAGUUUCUGAGAUUAAUGGGAGCUACCAAGAAAGAGCAUCAUGGGAAAUUUGUGAUUGGUGACCAAAAGGCAAAUGAAACACGGAAAAAAGUUGAUGAACACCAGCUGACUGAAGAUCUGGAGGUUCAGUUUGUUCAAGGUCUCGAGCACCAGCGGAUUGGGGGUCGGCGAGGUCACAUCGGUCUCGGCUACCACAGUGUCACGUUGGACAGUCAGGGGCAGCAAGACACCAACUCAAGUGAGCCGCAGUCGGGGAAAGAAUCGGACACACAUUCCCAAGAAAUGGGGGAAACCAGCAAGGAGGAAAAACAAAGUGCCGAAACAAAAACUGAAAAUACUAGCGAGUCGUCCAAGGAAAAGAAAGAUGUGGUAGCGAAUGAACAGGACGGAUUAGGACCCACAUCAGCUAAAAAAUUCAAACUGGCUUUUGUAAAAGCUAGUUCAUGACCUCAAGUUAAGGGAGAUUUUGUGACAGAGUUGAAGUUGCAAUACGAUCUAGACCGUAAAGUGCAACUCAUUUUUCAUGGAUUUCACUACUUUCCAGAAAGCUUUUCAAAUCCCAUGUUUCGUCUAUUCAUCAAGUCUAAAACGACCUUAAAUUUUUGUUUUAAAACCUUGCACAGCCUAUACAAUAAAGGUUCUAUUGUCUAGAUUUUGCAGAUAGUUACAUACAAGUCAUGCAGAUAACGAACUAGCUAAUUAUUUAACAGAUGAUACAUCUGGUUACAUACCAGACAGUUAGUAACAUCAACAAAAACAUGAAGGACGUAGUUUUACUACAGUAUUAAUUUAAACAAACAAAAAUUAACAGUUCUGCCUUACAGUUUGUGAGAGAACACUUGCUUGUGUUUUGAAUUGAAAAUAUUUUUGGGUCGGAAAUCGUUUGUUCGUAGUUUAAAAGAUGUAAAAAGUAUUUGGUUAUUAAACAUACCUACAGUAGCAGAUCUACCCAUGCCCUCAUCCAACAUGAGAAUAAAAAAUUAUGUUAUAUGUUUAUGUACAGAUAAAGAUAAAAAUCUGGGGUUUUUCACCCCCACUAGAAAUUGUACCCCUCACCACAUCAGAUAUUGUUCCUACAUGCCUGCAAUGUCAGGUUUACAGCUGUCUACACAAUAAAAUUAAGAACAAAA